AUGGGUCGAGCCCCAUGUUGCAGCGGCGAGCAUGCUGGUCUAAAGAAAGGUCCAUGGACACAUGAAGAGGACCAAAAGCUCGGAUCCUUUCUUCUAGACAACCCGAACACUAGUUGGCGCCAGGUCCCACAAAAGGCAGGCUUGUUGAGGUGUGGGAAAUCAUGCAGGCUAAGAUGGAUGAAUUACCUAAGGCCAGAUAUAAGGAGAGGAAACUUCACCCCAGAGGAGGAAAAUCUGAUCAUCCAACUCCAUUCUGCUUUCGGAAACAAGUGGGCAGUAAUAGCUUCCCAGUUGCCGGGAAGAACCGACAAUGAAAUUAAGAACUUAUGGAACACAAAAUUGAGGAAGCUUUUGGUUCUCAAAGGAAUCAACCCAAUAACUCAUCAGCCCUUAUGCAGUCCUUUGUUAUCCGAUUACGUCAAGCAAUGGGUUAAAUCCAUCGAAAAUGUGAUUAUCACGGGGAUAAUGACACAAUCUUCGCCGUUGGCUACAACCGAUACUAUUACUGAAAGUAACAGCCAUCUUAAUAGCCCUUCUCUUGACGUUUCUCUCCCUUCAUUCAUUCAUCCACCUUCGCAACCAUCCAUGCAUGAAGAGGUUCUGGCCCAACCCCACCUAUUCAAUUCAAUAUCUGAGGACUCAACCUUCAAAAACAAUACAUGGAUUGACAAGAAUUCUAACGGAAAUGAGAGUUUCAUUGAUAGUUUUAUGUUGGAUGAAACUAAUUUCUUCACAAGUAAUUCUAGUGAGGAUUUGAGGGAUGAAUUUGAGGGCAACACUAGCAAUACCCUCCUUGUUGGGGGCAUGGAUUCAAUGGCAUCAAGUGCAACUAUAAGUUUGGAAGAGGGGUUGAAGUAUUGGAAUUAAUCCAAACCAUUGAUUCUAGUGUUUUACACCUAGGACGAUAUUUGUAAAUGUCAUUAUGCAUAUAUGGGAACGAAAGACAGUAGGGUUUUUAGUGUUUGUAGUUGUGUGCUUGGGAAGAUCAGUUCCAUCAUAUUAUUUGGGCCAUGAUGGUUAUGUGGUUGUUUUCAUUGUAAUGAUUAUCAUCGUGAGGGAUUGGAAUCAUGUAAUUCAUCAAAGUGUUUUUCUUUUCUUUUUUCUUUUUUUUUUUCUUUUUUUUUUUUUGAACUUUUUCAAUUUUCCAAGUAAGCCCAAACAUUUGCAUCAAGUAUAGCAAACGUUUUGAAAAUUUCACGAUAUUAUCUCGCGGGAAAUUGAUCCAUAUCAUCGUGAUGAUAUUGCGAGAUUUUCAAAAUCUUGACAAUUUUUAAUUUCUCAAUUUUAUUGUGAAAUUAUUGCAUUUUUAACAUAAAACAUUUAGAAGUUAAAAUAAUUCAUUUUAGAACUAUAUGUUUAUAUUUUAAAAUUGAUUUAUUAUUUAAAUAUUUUUAAUAUUUUAUUUUCGAAAAAAUUUCUCGAUAAUAUCACAAGAAAAUAUCAAAAUAUGAAAAUCUCUCUAGAUACUCCCAGGCAAAUUUCCUAAACGAGAUUUGUCCCUGUAGCCUGAACCAUGCACACAUGCAUACAGAGAGAUUUGGCCUGUUCAUCAGCAAGCUUGCAUCAUGGGCGACCAUGAAAAUUUCUUACAAUUGGAUAUUCCUAUUCAUUUCAAAGGUUGG